AUGGAGAAGGCUGUGUCAGCUCCUGUACUACUUGCUAAACCUGUUGAUUGUGUAGCCCAGUUAAUAAAAAUAGCUGAAGAAGUUUUACAAAUAAUUUUACAUGAACAAGUUCAUUGUGUAGAGCAAAAUGAUAUGGCAGAACAGACAGAAGCACAUCCAUGUCCUUCCAAGGAAGCUUCAGUACCAGACCUCCCUGAUCUCUCAGACUUAGAUUUGAUACUUACACCAAGAGAAGAUGAAGACCUAAUAUUUGAUAUAGAUCAAGCUACGUUAGACACAGAAAACUUCUAUGAAGAUGCACUCUCUGGUAUAAAUGAUGACUUAAGUGGAUAA